UGAUCGGUUUUGUAUGAUACAUUUAUACUACGAAUUCCAUUGUUUUUAUUCUUAAUAGUUUCGUUAAUAAUUAGUAAAAUCUGCAUUAGAAAAAUCUGUCAAUGUUAGGAAAAGAUUGAUCAUUAUAUUAUUAAAUUACAAACAUGCCGUCUUGUAGAAUCAUUGAGUCAUAUAUAAUUGUGCUUAGUCAUUAGUAGAAGUUACAAAACGCAUAGCGUUUCGAUUCAUCGAGUAUAAUAAUUGAUUCAUUUAAAUUCAUUCCUGUUGUCGACUGGAAUCUUCCUAUUUCUUCGUCAUUUUUUGAUUAAUUAUAAGAUUUGUGAUAUGAACGCAAAUGAUAAUGAAUUAAUGGAGCAAUACGAACCUUCUGUUAAAAAUAUAAUUGAUCAACGAUCUUUACGAUGGAUUUUUGUCGGCGGCAAAGGUGGAGUUGGGAAAACAACAUGCAGUUGUUCUCUUGCUGUUCAAUUGUCAAAAGUAAGAGAGAAUGUUCUUAUUAUUUCUACGGAUCCAGCUCAUAAUAUUUCUGAUGCCUUUGAUCAGAAAUUUAGUAAAGUACCAGUCCAAGUUAAAGGUUUUAAUAAUUUAUUUGCAAUGGAAAUUGAUCCUAAUGUUGGUAUCACCGAACUGCCUGAGGAAUACUUUGAAAACGAAGCAGAUGGAGAUGCAAUGAGAUUAAGUAAAAGUGUUAUGCAAGAAAUUGUUGGUGCAUUUCCUGGUAUAGAUGAAGCAAUGAGUUAUGCUGAAGUCAUGAAAUUGGUCAAAGGAAUGAAUUUCUCGGUAGUGGUAUUUGAUACUGCACCUACUGGUCAUACGUUGAGAUUAUUGUCAUUUCCACAAGUGGUUGAAAAGGGAUUAGGAAAACUGUUGCUUUUAAAAAUGAAGAUUGGUCCUUUUAUUAGACAGCUUAGUUCUUUACUGGGAAAUACUGAUUUCAAUGUGGAUAGUUUUUCAAGUAAAAUGGAAGAUAUGUUAACAAUUAUUCGCCAAGUCAAUGAACAGUUUAGAAAUCCGGAACAAACUACAUUCGUUUGCGUAUGCAUAGCUGAAUUUUUAUCACUUUAUGAGACAGAAAGACUUGUACAAGAAUUAACGAAAUGUGGUAUAGAUACACAUAAUAUUAUAGUGAAUCAAUUGCUUUUUCUAAAGGAAGGAGUCGUUCCAUGUAAACUUUGUCUUGCACGACACAAAUUACAGGAUAAAUAUUUAGAACAGAUUGUGGACCUCUAUGAAGAGUUCCACAUCACGAGAUUACCUCUCCUGGAAAGAGAGGUGAGGGGAACUCAGCAAAUAAAAGAGUUCUCCGAAAACCUUAUUAGGCCGUAUAGGCCUUAAUGUAAACGUUAUUGCGAUUAUAAUACGUAUAAUCGCAAUAUAAAUGUGAAUAGGAUUAUAAUAGAUGUAAUCAGACAUAUAAUCAGAUAAGUUGACAAUUCAGUUCUCAUAAUGCAUAAAUGUCUAUACAAAUUUAUUUCUACUUCCAUUAUUCUAUAUUAUAAUAAUCUGAUAAAUUCAUUUUUGUAAUCCUAAUUGUAAGUAACGUACAAAUAAAUCCAACGUCUAAAUGUAA